AUGGGUUAUACUUUAACAAUUUUAGGAUGUGGUGUUAUGGGUCAAGCGAUUCUUUCUGCGAUUUAUAAAGCACCAAAAGUUACAGAUUCCAAAAUUGCGUUACUAUAUCCAACUCAUAUUAUUGCAUGUAAUCACGAUGAUGCAUCUGUUAAACAAGUUGAAGAUUUAGUCAAAGAAAUGGGUGAGUCACCAAAUGGUAUUACUGUUAGUGUUACUCAUUCUCGUAAUAAUGAAGCUGUAUCCCAAUCUUCUGUUGUAUUAUUAGGUACCAAACCAUAUUUAGCUGAAAAAGUUUUAGAUGGUGUUGCACCAGAGAUUAGUAAUAAAUUAAUUAUAUCAAUUGUUGCAGGUUGGACAAUUUCACAAUUACAAUCAUAUAGUAAAAAAGUUUCCCGUAUUAUGACCAACACGCCAGCACGUUAUGGAUAUGGAUGUGCAGUUGUAUCUCAUUCUACAGAGACAUCAACUGAAGAUAAGACAUUAGUUAAAGAACUAAUUGAUCGUGUUGGUACAUGCAUUGAAUUACCUGAACGUAAUAUGGAUGCCGCUACAUCCUUGGUUGGAUCUGGUCCAGCAUUUGUUUUAUUAAUGUUAGAAUCCAUGACAGAAGCAGGUAUUAAAAUGGGUAUACCAUUCAAAGAAUCUUUACAAUGUGCUACGAAAGUUAUGGAAGGUACAACAAAGAUGUUGGAAUUAAGCGGACAACAUCCAAGUGUAUUAAAACAUCAAGUUUGUACACCAGGUGGUACUACAAUUGCAGGUUUAUGUAAAAUGGAAGAUCACGGUGUUAAGAGUGGUUUAAUCAAUGGUUUCCAAGAAGCAGCAGAUGUCGCAGCCAAACUAGGUAAGAAAUGA